AACAAAAUCAACUCAUCCACAAUUGCCGACACCAUAACAUUUCGCCACAUCACACCUUUGGUCUGUUUUAUCCAAUCUCUCCUCCAAAGUUUUGAAGCUUUUAGAGAGGGGCCAGAGCUAAUCCAGAACAGAAGUUUUGGUUUUUUUUUUUUUUUUUUGCGGACAAUAAAGAGCAGUAAGCAAUCAUGUUGCCAAAGUUCGAUCCAACAGACCAAAAAGCUUGUCUGUCUCUUCUUGAGGAUUUGACCACCAACGUAAAGCAGAUUCAAGAUUCCAUAUUGGAAGCAAUACUUUCACGUAAUGCUCGUACGGAGUAUCUUAGUGGUUUCCUCAACGGUCAAGUCGAUAAGCAGAGCUUCAAGAACAACGUACCUGUUGUGACCUACGAAGAUAUUAGGCCUUAUAUCGAUCGUAUCGCUAAUGGAGAGCCGUCUGAUCUAAUCUGUGAUCGACCUAUCAGUGUACUCUUGACCAGUUCGGGUACUUCAGGAGGAGUUCCAAAGUUAAUUCCUUUGACGACAGAGGAUUUGGAACAGAGGAUGUCGUUUUCUUCUCUCUAUGCACCUCUACUCAACAAGCACAUCGAUGGGCUUAGCGAAGGAAAAUCUCUCAUAUUUUAUUUUGUGACGCGAGAAAGCAAGACUGCCAAUGGGUUGAUGGUCAGGACUAUGGUAACUAGUUUUUUGAAAAGCAUUAAACCAACCAGUUCAUUUCUUUGGGAUCGAUUACAGAUAAGCCCGCACGCGAUUACGACUUGUGCAGACACUACUCAGAGCAUGUACUGCCAAUUGCUUUGUGGGCUUCUUGAAAGAGAUAAUGUUGCUCGCCUUGGUGCACCCUUUGCUUCAUCCUUUCUCAAAGUAAUCAAGUUCUUGGAAGAUCAUUGGCCUGAGUUAUGCUCUAACAUAAGGACUGGCCGUCUCAGCGACUGGAUCACAGACGCGCAAUGUACUUUGGGGAUUGGUAAGUUCCUCACUGCUCCAAAUCCGGAACUAGCGAGCCUGAUCGAGCAAGAAUGUAGUAAAAAAUCAUGGGAGGCAGUAUUGAGGAGACUAUGGCCAAAAGCAAAAUGCAUCGAAACCAUCAUUACAGGCACCAUGGCACAGUACAUUCCAUUGCUGGAAUUCUAUAGCGGUGGUCUUCCUUUGACUUCAUCGUUUUACGGCAGCUCUGAAUGUUUUAUGGGUGUCAACUUUAAUCCUCUGUGUAAGCCUUGUGAUGUGUCGUACACCAUCAUUCCAUGUAUGGGGUACUUCGAGUUCUUAGAGGUCGAGAAAGACCAUCAAGAAGCUGGUCAUGAUCCCACAGCGAAAACUGUGGUUGUCGAUCUUGUGGAUGUUAAAAUCGGCCAUGAUUAUGAACCUGUUGUCACAACCUUUUCUGGUCUGUAUAGGUACCGUGUGGGGGACGUUUUAAGAGCGACUGGUUUCUACAACAAUGCGCCACAUUUCCGUUUCUUGGGAAGACAGAAAGUUGUUCUGAGCAUCGACAUGGACAAGACCUACGAAGAAGACCUCCUCAAGGCAGUGACAAACGCAAAGCGCCUGCUGGAGCCACAUGACCUGAUGCUCAUGGAUUUCACUAGCCGUGUAGAUUCGUCCUCGUUUCCAGGACACUAUGUACUCUAUUGGGAACUCGGGAGCAAAGUCAAGGACUCAAAGCUCGAGCCUAACAGCGAUGUCAUGGAAGAAUGCUGCUUCACUGUUGAGGAGUCUCUCGACGCUGUGUACAGAAAAGGACGAAAGAAUGAUAAGAACAUUGGACCACUUGAGAUUAAGGUUGUUAAGCCUGGCGCUUUCGACAAGCUCAUGAACUUCUUUCUGUCUCGAGGCUCUUCUGUGAGUCAGUACAAGACACCGAGGUCGGUGACGAUUGAAGAAGCCUGGAAGAUAUUGGAGGCCAACGUUGAAUCCGAGUUUCUUAGCCGGAAAAUUCCGUCGUGGGAGUUACAUGAGCUUCACUCCGGUCGGUAAAACGGCAGAUAUCUAUGAGAUUUGAGGGCAGGAGAACAUUAUUUAAGAAGUAGCAAGAUGUACUUUAGGUUAUGAAAACUCGUCUAUGAAGUGAGUCCGUGAACCCGAAAGAAGAAUUCUCUAGAUCUCGAAAUAUUAUCUUAGCAUAUUUACUUUAUGGUUUAGAAAAAUUUAUAUUAUAUGAGUGUUAGCAUUAUGUUAUUGGAUAAUAUAUCCUGAUAUGAAACACAAUUCAAUAUUAAUGUUCUGUUCA